UUUUUUUGUAACAUCUUGAAUUUUAUAAAAGUAUAUUACGCAAGAUUAAGUUUUUUCGCAGGCUUUUAAACUAAAGCGGAACUAAAUGUUCGACUUUCGGCCAUUUUCGAUCAUUAAGUUUGAUUGUCAUUUCCAUGGCGGCAUUAUGGCACCGAAGCCAUUUUCCAGCUAUAUCUCUCGUAAAUAAUAUAGAACUUGAGUGAGUAGGACACGUGGAGAACUACAUCGUCAGUCUUAUGAAGCGACUCAUACCUCUCGAACGUGUUUUGCUCCGUUUCGAAAUAAAAAGUAAGGUUUACGUAAUACGAUGAACCAAGAAGGCACUUUCGAUACAGUGACGAAUUAAACGGAAUUAAGGAAAGAGAAUGUGAAUUUUCAUUAAGUAAUACGCGAGGCAACGUUUUUGUUGUUGUGCGAAAUUAUAAAGACGACUUCAAUGUCAUCUCAAUUCUUGGUGAAAUUACAGUAGAAAGUUGCAGAAGUUCAAAUGAAUUCAUCAGCCAUAAAAGCUUGGUUGCAGCGUGGCGAACUUGAAAAACUCGAAAAUGUCGUGUUGGAGGGUCGAGGUGCACGUUUGUUAGGCGAACAUUCUCCGGAUCUUAGAACUCGUGUCUUCCUGAAAGGACUCCCGAACUAUUUGACGAAAAUUUCGCAAGUACACGAUGCUGUUGCACGUGGCUCGUUAGCUGACACGCAAAAGAUCAUAUCCGAGGAGUCAAAGAAGAAAUUGGCGAUCGCAAAGGAUUCAUGCGGAAUACCUUUGAUACACAAAGCGGUAUACUACGAUCAACCCGAUAUCAUCGCCUGGCUUAUAGAAAAUUAUCCUAUUACGCCACAGCAAAAAGAUAGGGAGGGACGAACAGCUUUGCAUUAUUGCUGCGCAUGUAAAGACCCCGAUGCGAUUUGGGAUCUUCUUAUAGAAGGCGGAUGUGACGCCAGCGUUUGCGACAAGAAAGGAAACCCGGCCGCUUAUUAUUUAGAACACUCCAACGAGAUUGAAUUGCCGGAAGUGGAGAUGACGACUCGACGAAGGAAAAGUACCGCGAAGGACAAUCUAGAUUUCAAACCUUCCAAUAUCAGAAUAUGGAUACACAACAAAGACAUUGGAAAACUGCAGCAGGUACUAUGGGAAGGACACGGAUUUAAACUUCGAUGCGAGACCAGCAACAACCCGCGGAUAAGAAAAUUUUUAGAAGCCGUACCUUUUAUCAUGGGCACGAUAAAGGAUAUUCACGCGACUGUCAUUAACAAUGAUUUGGAGGGUCUCAAGAAGAAAUUGGACGAACCUCCUAUUUCGCCCAUUGUUUUAUGUGGCAAAGAUAGCAAUGGCUUGAAUGCUCUGCACAAAGCCGCCGGUUUGGGAUACGUAGACAUCGCGCGUGAAAUUCUCAAAAGAUAUGCCGCAACGGUAGUGGCACAGGACAAUGAAGGAAAGACUCCAUUGCAUUAUGCAGCUGCGCUAAAAGACGAUGGCGUUAUGUAUAAUCUACUAACGGAGCACGGAGCCGAUGAAAGCAAAUUGGAUAAUGUAAGUACCGAUCUAUUAUGUAAAAAGAGAAUAAAAUCGUUCAGGACCUGGCAUAUAAUCAUAAAUGCUGUAAAUCUUGCUAUAAAUCAGAGACAAAAGGCGCCCGCGUUUUACAAGAACCGUCCCUCGGACGUAGACCUGUCGAAUUUGUCAGUGAUACCGGAGGCACCCCGAGUCUCCGAUACUUAUCCGAAAAAUUGGGAUUGGAGAAUCUUGGAGGUAGGACAGGCCGUUAUGCGAGGCAUGAAGAAAGUCAGCAGUGACGACAGCGCUUUUGGUAGUGCUGAAUCAACGAUGAAAGACUCGGACGGGUCGAAUGAGAAGAGAGCCGAUGACGAGCAGCAAGAGGAGGCCGAGACCCCGAAUGGAGACGAGGAGGAAGCGCAGAACGGGGAUGAGGAUGAGGCGAACGACGGGGGAGACGAAAACGAAGCGGAAGCUGCGGAAGAUAACGAGAAACAAAACGAGGAAGAGGCCACGAAUGAGAAUGAAAAUGCCGAAGAAACGAACGAGGAGCAGGAGCAGCAGGAGGAGGGGGAGGCAGGAGCGGAAGAUCCCGAGGAGAAGGCAUCAUCAGACGAUGACGUGGUAACCGGAGCUGUCGCGGAGGCAAUAGACGAGGAGGCUGGACCUGAGGCCGCCGUUAAUGAUGACGGGAUCUACGAGGAAUCCCCAAAGAUAGAAGAAACCGGUGACGAGAUCAUCAUCGAUCACGAAGAGAGAAAUGAACCUAGUACCGGCGAUUCCGGCGUCGAUGAUCCCACGCAAGACGAGGAGCAGCAGGUCAUCGUCGGCGAGCACAAGGAGCCCGCGGAGGUAGAAUUGAACGAUGGUAGUAUGGCCCGCGAUCCUGAAGUAGAGGAUCUGUUGGGAAGCGGCAAUAUGGAACAAUUGGCAGCUCUCGUUCUCAAUGGCGAAGGCCGACGAUUGGUCGGGCGACAGUCUGGAAAUCCUGAACUUCAGGCUUUUAUCGACAAUGUUCCGUCUUACAUGGGAAAAAUACAUGCCGUGCACAUGGCAGCGCGAGAAGGAAACCUUCGCGAUCUACAAAGCGCGUUGGAUCGACGCAAAUUCGCGGUGGCACGAGACGAAUCGUCACCCCAUGGCGCAACGCCAUUGCACGUGGCUGUUGUCUUCGGCAAUACCGCUGUCAUCAGGUAUCUGGCGGGGAGAUUUCCAGAAACUGUCAAUGCAAUCGAUCUCGACGGGCGUACUCCCUUGCACUACGCCGCAACCCUCGCGGACAACGGUCAUUACUAUAAUCUUUUGCUACAUUUGGGUGCGAAUCCUUUAAUACAAGAUAACUUUGGACAAAAAGCGGAUUAUUACAAGCAAAAUCAAAGCGAUCUAUCGCACAAAAAGCUCCUUCGCAGUUUCGGAGCUAGCGAGAGGCUCGCCGACGAAAUGUUGACGGAUAAAGAUGACAGCGAAGUCGACAUUCCAAUAUUUCGCACAGAGGAAGGUCAUUAUUUAGCAUCGUCAUUGGGUGAUCCUUUAAUUAAAGGAUUAACGGAAGUUGCUAAUGCACGUCCAAAGGAUCCCAUCACAUAUCUCGCGACAUAUCUAUACAAUUUUGCUAGCAAGAACAAAGCCAAUGAACAAGAAUCCGAUGUUCUCAUUAUACCCGAUCGCGAAGAGGAAAAUUUGGAUAAUGCCGAAAACAACACGUUCGAUGAUGACGCCGGCUAUCCUCGAAGUCCAGAUUCGGAUAUACCUGAAUCCACAUUUAGCAAUCCUAAUAGGGAUGAACAUGGGCAAAGCAUGAUUCAUUUCGCGGCGGUGCGUUCCUAUUCGAAGGACGGAUUAUAUCACCUAUUAUUGGAGACGCAGGUCAACGUCGGAUUCAGGGAUGAACUAUAUCGAACAGCCAGAGAUGUAGCCGAACAGGCUAAUAUUCGAGAGAACGUCAAUGAGAUCGACCGUUUCGUUGUUUAUCUUGCGGCAAGAGGAGAGACUGAAAAGUUGGUCGAACUUCUGCUUGAGGGUUACGAUCACAUUCUGGACGCCGAAGAUGACGGAAUGAACAUCAUCGAUGUGGCCGCACAAAGAGAACACGAAGCUACCGUGCAGUUUUUACAAUCAAUUCCCAAUUAUGUGAAUCAACGCGAGGAGGUACAUGCUGCCAUUCGAGUCGGUGACAAGGAACGUGUGAAGGAACUUUUGAAUAAAAAUAACGGAGGUGGAAAAUUAUUGGCAGUUGGGAAGAACUCGAUCGGCCGAUGCUCCCUGCACAUCGCCGUGCUUCUAGAAGACGAAGAGCUUGUCAAGUUUAUCGCAAAAAUGUAUCCGGAGACAUUACGCAUCGGCGAUAAUUUGGAGAGAACAGGUCUUCAUUAUGCAAUGGGCGUACCGUCUGUGGAAGUGAUGAGUAAUAUAUUGAUCAAAGCAGGAGCGAAACGCAUCGUCAAAGACCUGAAAUCACGGCAGCCCUCGUAUUACUUCAUGAAUAAAUCUGAUAUUGAGCGACUUCAAGAAGAAGAAAAAUCCAUGAUCCAUGAUAUGUAAACCAUAAUGUUAAAUACUUGCACACACCGGCCAUAAUAACAUAAUCACACGUUAAUAUGUCAUGCGUUCCAUUGAAAUGUAUUGAGAAACUAUGGUCGACGAGAAAAAAGAAACCAAUAUAAAUGCAAAUAGAGAUAAUCUUCAUACUAUGUAUCGAUUGUUUAUGAUAUCGAUUGUAAAAUAAGUAUAUUUCGAAGAUUUUUAAGCUCUUUCUAUGUCUUAAGAAUAUACGUAUUCUAUUUUGUUUUAUUUGUACAUACACUAGAAUAUUUCGUGAAAAAAUUUCGUUGCCAAGAUUUGAGUAUUAUCCUCGCUGGCUCCUGUGAGAGGGGUUUAAGUAUUAGUACGAUAUAUUAUUGAAAGAAUAAAUUAUAUAAAUUCAUAAAUUAUAUGAGCUAUGUCAAAUGUCGACAGUUUAGUGCCUUAUGAUAAAUGUAACGAGACUGUACAACA